CCCCCGGACCGAUUAGAUCUGUAAACAGGUUGUAUAUGAGUUGAUAAGUGAAAAACUGUUUUAGAAACCCAUGAUGUUCAUCAAGGUUGUUUUCAGAGGAAGUGACAAUUUCCGGGGAGAAGUGUGGUGUAUUGAGAAAUGUGUAAAUGAGUUUAGAGGAAGGCACAGUGAUGCCGAAACGUUGGUAAAUACCCAUUAAAUUGCUGGUAGAUGACACAUGGAGUGUGCGACUUUCUUUAUUUUGAUAGUUUAAUGAGUUUAGAUGUAAAAUGGUUGCAAAUAGUCAAUGGGAUUUGUAUGCAGGGGUUGAGUUAUUUGAAUUAACAAAUGAUAAUGGGGUUUCCGUUCUUGCAUUGAAGUAUUUGGAUUAGGAGAUGCAAGGGUGGUAAAAGUUCAAGGAUGCAUUGGAGAGUUGGGCUGAAGACGCUGUAGAGAGUAGUCGACUGUAAUGUGUUAAGGAGAACAUUAAAUAAAUCUAUUCCGUUUAUUAUAAGUACGCUUCGGAGUCUUCAGUAAAAGAACCCAGCAUCUUAGGAUGCAACAGUAUCGUCCAUAAAUAAACUGUAGCCUAGUGAAGUGAGUCACACCCUGAGUUGGAGGAGCGCCAGAGAGGACAGGGGAACUUUAUAUGCUUCCCAUGACUUGCUAUCAGCAGAAGUGCCUGUGAGUCCUGUGCGUCUGGAAAGAUGGAUAUGUUCAAAACUGUUCUUAAAAUUGUUCAGAAACAGCAGACUAGUCUCGGGUUUGGUUUAGUUGCGUUGUUAACUGCAGGCGGGGAACAGAUAUUUUCGUCAGUGAUGUUCAGAUGUCCUUGCAGUAACUGGAACUUUUCCUACGGCAUGGUGUUUCUCUUAGUGCCUGCUCUGGCAUUGUUGGUGUUAGGUUACAUCAUGAGCAAUAAAACAUGGAAAUUGUUUACAGGUUUGUGUUUACGCAAAUCCAAAUGUUGUCAUUUUAAAUAUUUUUGCGCCUGUGGGGUGGUCUUCUUUCAGAUCACCACGACAGCACUAGUUGCACCUGUGAGUUGGAUUGCAGUCGCUUUGCUCAAUGGCAAUUACUUUGAAUGCGCCAUGACUGGUAUCAAUGUAACGGUUUUCACAAACCACCUUUGCGAUGGGAAGAGUCCGCAGUGCCAGGAUGAACUUUAUAAAUUCCCCUGUGGGAGAGCCACCCACGUGCCACAAUCUGACAGCAAUGAUGUGCUGGCAACCAUCCGCGCUGAGUCGCAGGUCCUGGGUUGGCUACUGAUCGCCUCCAUCAUGGUCUUCAACCUCCUGCUGAUCUGCGUUGCCCGGUGUAACUCCCCAGUCAGCUACCUGCAGCUGAAGUUCUGGAGGGUCUAUGCCCAGUGGGAGAGUGACCUGCUGGAAAGCUACAUGGCAGAUCAUGCUGAAAAGCUUGCAGAGAGGAAUCUGAAGAGCUUCUUCCAGCAGAUGCCUCCAGAGCCUGUCACGACCCCACCUAACCAGGCCUGGGAGAAGAUCUCGUCCCUCUACAGGUUCAGCACCAGAGACCAAUACUACAGCAUCCUGCACAAGUACGUGGAGAAGUGCCAUGACCCUGCAGAGGCCAGGGACCACAGGAUGUCAUCUGUCAGGUCAGACGGUCCAGACACUGCUAAUCCAUCUGUGCUCGCCUUUGUGGAUGAGGGCAAGAUGAUGCUGUGAAUGGGCAUGCAUAUGAUCAUAGGAACAGCAGUGACAGCAUCACUAACAUGGCACUAUCGGUAACCAUCCGUAUUACUUUUAGCAUCAAAGUUAUGACUCAUUAUAGAGGAUUGUUGUCAGCAUUAUACUCUUCGUCAUCAUCAUCAUUAUCGCUGUGCAUCAGGGGAUUUUUCAGUAGAAAGACCAACCACAUCUGAUUAACCACUCUCAGGUCUUUGCUUGAAUGACAAUACUUCCCAAUUUUAUAUUGUUACUUGAAAGUUCACUCGCUGUAUCACCAGCGCUGCUUGCAGCUUUUUAUUUAAAAUUCUAUGCUCAGAAGGGAUUCUUUUUUUGUUUGAAAUAGUUGAUCAUACUUUCUUUCCCUUUUACUUUUCUGUUUAGUAUUUUUAUGCUCCUCAGACUUGGCCUACAUACAGGUGGUCUGUGGCAUUAAACAGGAAACGCAUGGUCUGGUUCUAUUAAGUAAGGAGCUAAGUGCAAAAUACUUUCAAUAAAAGCCUGUUACCAGUG